AAGCCACAGUUUCGUCAUCCAAUAACUGAGUACCUUGUCUUCCUCUUCCGCCUCUCUGUUCCAAUCCUAUAGGUUUUAGUUUAGUCCGGCAGCAGUGGUAAGCAUCUUUGACAAUAGACCUUGCAUUGUGUGCGAACCAACGCCUUUCAACGCAGUAACAAUGAAUGUGGAGCACGAAACGACACUGCUUGUGGAAGAGAUUCGUCGCCUUGGCACUGAGGAUGCAGAUGGGAAGAUCAGCGUCAAAUUUGGAGUUCUUUUCAAUGAUGAUAAGUGUGCCAACUUGUUUGAAGCCUUGGUGGGGACUUUGAGGGCCGCCAAGAGGAAGAAGAUCUUAACAUUUCAAGGAGAACUGCUUCUUCAAGGUGUUCAUGACAAUGUUGAUGUUAUUCUCCUGUAGGAUUGGCAACACAGUAUUUUCUUCUGUAUUUAACAGAGCUUAACCAUUGCCUUGAAACAGUCCAUUUGAUAAUGCUUCAAUGUCUCAUUUUGAUAUGGAAAUGUCCACCUAUUUUUUAAGAAAUAAUUUUUAGCCACUUGGAAAGACAAAGUAUUGUGCAGUUAUGUCAGUUACCAAAUACUGAUUACAUUGCUUCUUUAUGAGGUUGCUACCUCUUGCAGACUUGAUGAUUUCAAUGGUAAUCCUUUUGAUAUUACCACUAAUGUCAAAUCAAAGGUUCUCUCUCAUAUAUUGUUAUAAAAACAAGAAUGACUGUCUUUUGAUCUUCAUGUUUUUGUCUGUAUCAUAGUAUCAGACCACUGAAUUGUACAAUCCAUCCAAGGAUUAAUUAUCAGGCAGAUUUGAGUCACAUCCACCACUAAUUUAGUUAGGGUAUCUUUCAUACACGUUUCAGCUUGUUAAAAAUAAAAUGUAUUGUUGUACUUAAA